AAGGAAAUAACUUCUCAUUUGGAAAUGGCGGAUUUUUUGGAGACAAUAACAUGAACAUCUCUACGUGUUAAUAUUACGGUGUAAAAUCUUUGUUCAUAUCAGCAGACAUUAGAGAAUUUGAUCAUGUCAGAUACUUGGGAUGAUAUCCAGGCUGUGAAAAGCCGACAUAACAGCCUCCGAGCGAAGCUUCUGCAAAGGAAGAGAGAGCGAGAAGGCUUGGUUGCUGAAUUGAAAGCACCUGCAUCGACAAGUGCCUCACCAUCUAGUACCGUGACAACAGCUACAGAGUCUUCGUCAGCCUCGUCCCAAGUGAGUGUGGCUUCUAGUACCUCUCAGUCUCCGGCAACAACCAGGAGUGUCAGUCCGUCGCCGUCCUCACAAUCAACGGCAGCAGCAGCGUCCAAGAAGUCCGACUCCGUGGACCCUGAUGUGGAGAGGAACCUGCUUCUGGUCUUGUGUGACUUCAACCUGGAGAUCCCUUCUGACUCCCGGAUGAUAACAGAACUUACAACAAAGAUGCUGGGGAGGGAGACGCAGCUGUCAAGCAUCGAAGAACUGUUACAAAAAUUUGCAGCUCAACAGAUGAUCAAAAUUUCCACUAAAGAUAAAAACCUUGUUGUCAACUCGCUGGAUCUGGCAAAGUUGUCAGCAUUUACCGAGGGUCAGGAUGGCAAGAAGAAAAGGAAGAGAGACAGUGAGGAUGACACAGUUGAACCUCAGUCAAAGCAGCAGUGCCCUGCCGAUGCUCCUGAUGACAGUAUCGAGAGCCUGUUGUCCAUGCAGUCGGCCAAGGAGAGAGAGGAGAAGAAAGUGAAUGAGGAGAUCCUCCAGCUGCUCAGCAAACCCACGGCCAAGGAACAGUAUAUGGUGGACAAGUUCCGGUCUCGUGGAGGGGUCCAGCUGCAGGAGUUCUGUCAGUAUGGAACAAGGGAGGAGUGUGUCAAGGUCGGCCAGAACCCAACACCUUGCAAGAAGCUGCACUUUCGCAAGAUCAUACACAAACACACUGACGAAUCUCUGGGAGACUGUUCCUUCCUCAACACCUGCUUCCAUAUGGACACCUGCAAGUAUGUCCACUACGAGAUCGACUACCCGGACAACCAGAACGAGAUGGCGCUCAUGAAGAAGGAGGCGGCCAUGUCCAAGUCUGGCCCUGGGAGUGACGUCUACAUGUACCCACCACAGUGGAUUCAGUGUGACUUGAGAAUCUUUGACAUGACGACGCUGGGCAAGUGUGCCGUUGUGAUGGCCGACCCCCCGUGGGACAUUCACAUGGAGCUUCCGUACGGAACAAUGAGCGAUGACGAGAUGAGGCGACUUGACAUCCCCGGCCUGCAAGAUGAGGGCUUCAUCUUCCUGUGGGUCACUGGCAGAGCCAUGGAGCUGGGGAGAGAGUGUCUGGAUUUGUGGGGCUACAAGCGGUGUGACGAGGUGAUCUGGGUAAAGACCAAUCAGCUGCAGCGGAUCAUCCGUACUGGCCGCACUGGUCACUGGCUCAACCACGGCAAGGAACACUGUCUGGUUGGAGUGAAAGGAAAUCCUAAAGGUGUCAACAAGGGCCUUGACUGCGAUGUCAUCGUGGCGGAGGUUCGAGCCACCAGUCACAAACCUGAUGAAAUCUAUGGCAUCAUAGAGAGGCUGUCUCCCGGUACUAGGAAGUGUGAGCUGUUUGGCCGACCCCACAACGUACAACCCAACUGGAUCACCCUUGGCAACCAGGUGGAAGGUGUGAGGCUGAAGGAUCCGGAUGUUGUCAAAAAUUUCAAGGAGAAAUAUCCUGACGGUAACUGCUUGACUCCCCCCAAAAACAGGUGAUAGCGCCAGGGAGAUUGCGUUGGACAUAUUCUGAUGUUCAGGAAACAUCAAACAUGAGAUUCAUGCACAUGUCUGGCAGAUUGGAGUAGGAACAUCCAAUCAGCUUCAAGCUUGGUUAGAGGGAGCCAAUCAGAUUCAAGCAUUCCUGAGAGCACAUCACAUUUAAGCCCUUUGGUCUAAGAAACACAUACUGAAUCAUAUUUGCUGUGAUUUAGAUUUUAAAGAGACAAUAAACAGCCCAGUGCUUGAUUGUCAGUGUAAUUUGUGGAAUCCCCACCCAUGGAUAUAACUUGUACAUAACUGUCUGUGUCAGUGGAAUAUGAUGGUGUACAUGGUAAUAACUAAUAAACGUGUACAUGGAGA